AUGCAGGAGGAAGAAAAGGAGCGUGUACGACAAGCAGAGGAAUUUGAGAAGGAGCCCCUAUGUCAGGAGCCAGACCUUGAAGCAAGAGGUAGACUCACACACAUCGCACUGGGGGAGGAGGAAUGGAAACAUUCAGACUUCAUCACCCACCAGCGAGUGAAGGAGCUCGGAAAUAGUCUCAACGUCAGUUCUCAUAUGCAGUUCAUGCCUCAGGAUGUCAUUGACUUGCGUGGUCGUGUGUGGCUGGCUGUUAAGGAGAUAGCAGCUGCCGAUAAGGAAUCUUUCAAUCGUCAGAUAAGUAUGUCUCGAAGUGGUUCUCGACGCGGUGACCACUGGAACCAAGAACACGGCCCUGAUGGCUGGGCUGUUAUGGGUGGCAAUUCUGUUCCAUGGGCACCUCCCCAGGCUCGUGAUCUGUCGCAGUUUGGGAAAAUCUUCAAUGGCCCAGCCAUGGGAAUGGUGAUGUGUUCAAGCGGCGUCUUCAUGGCUGGCAAGAAGGACAGCAAGCAGGAGACACUUUCCCAGACGAAUUCGGUUCCAUGUGCUCAGUCAGAACCUGAAUUCGCCGCUAAGGCCUCUACGAAACCCGGUCAUUGGUCGAGUCAGAAACUGAACAGGUGGAGAUCUACUUUACCAAUCUUCUUGACGAGCAUCGCUUCCUGGCUCGUGGACAAGCUGCUUGCGUCCACGCUCGAGAGCAAGGAGGCAGAUGCAAGGCUACGAAAUAAUGGACAGUGUGCACUUGAGGUCAUUGAGGGAGGGUUCAUGCCUAUGGCGGAAUUUUCCAGCAAUAUUGUCAUUGAUGCUCUCAAGGCGUUUGACUGCAUGACCAUUAUACUCGAGGGUGCUGGAUUCGAGAAUGACCCUGGGAGACUCCAAUGA